AUGGCGACAACCACAGUCACCGUCACCAAGGGGCGGUCCAAGAACGACAACCUCCCCCCCGAGAACGAGCGCUUCCUACGAUGCUGUGCAGAUGUCGCCAAUGCCCUCAUUGAAGACCACGAGGCUAUCAGGGACCCCAAGAAUCCGCCAAAGGAUCUCAACCUUAAUUCUUUGCGCAACAAGUUUUCCAGGAAGCAUAAGCUUGCCAAUAUUCCACCCCUCACAGCCAUUAUUGCUGCGAUUCCUGAGCACUACAAGAAAUACAUCCUGCCGAAGCUCAUUGCAAAGCCAAUCCGAACAUCAUCGGGUAUCGCCGUUGUGGCGGUAAUGUGCAAGCCUCACAGAUGUCCGCAUAUUGCCUAUACGGGUAACAUUUGCGUCUACUGCCCCGGCGGUCCAGACUCCGAUUUCGAAUACAGCACACAAUCCUACACUGGAUACGAACCUACAUCGAUGCGAGCGAUCCGCGCACGUUACGACCCCUUCGAGCAGGCCCGCGGCCGUGUCGACCAGCUCAAGUCUCUGGGGCACUCAGUUGACAAGGUCGAGUACAUCAUCAUGGGCGGCACAUUCAUGUCACUGCCCGUGCCGUACAGGGAGGACUUCAUCGCUCAACUACACAAUGCGCUCAGCGGAUACCAGACGUCGAAUGUGGACGAGGCAGUGGAGGCCAGCGAAAUGAGCAACAUCAAGUGUGUCGGUAUCACAAUCGAGACGAGGCCGGAUUACUGUUGGCAGCCACACCUGACGGAUAUGUUGCGUUAUGGCUGCACGAGGUUGGAGAUCGGAGUGCAGUCGCUGUACGAAGAUGUCGCAAGAGACACAAAUCGUGGCCACACUGUUGCCGCCGUCGCCGAGACGUUCUGCCUGGCCAAGGACGCAGGCUUCAAGGUGGUCAGUCACAUGAUGCCUGAUUUGCCCAACGUGGGCAUGGAGAGAGAUCUGGACCAGUUCCGCGAGUACUUUGAGAGCCCCGCGUUCCGUACGGAUGGUCUCAAGAUUUACCCGACUCUCGUCAUCAGAGGUACCGGCUUAUAUGAGCUGUGGCGUACAGGCCGAUACCAGAAUUACACCCCCAACGGCUUGAUCGAUCUCGUCGCACGAAUUCUGGCCCUGAUCCCGCCGUGGACACGUAUCUACCGAGUGCAGAGAGAUAUCCCUAUGCCUUUGGUCACAUCUGGUGUAGAAAACGGCAAUUUGCGCGAACUGGCACUGGCGAGAAUGAAGGAUUUCGGCACAACAUGUCGAGAUGUGCGGACGCGCGAGGUCGGUGUCAACGAGGUCAAGAACAAGAUUAGGCCGAACCAGAUCGAGCUGGUGCGACGAGACUACACAGCCAACGGCGGAUGGGAAACGUUCCUUGCGUACGAGGAUCCGAAGCAGGACAUCCUCGUUGCCCUGUUGCGUCUACGAAAGUGCACCGAAAAGUACACGUACAGAGAGGAGCUCGUUGGACAGCCGACGAGUCUGGUCAGAGAGUUGCACGUUUAUGGCACCGCAGUGCCGGUACACGCCAGAGAUCCGAAGAAGUUCCAGCACCAGGGUUUCGGUACGCUGCUGAUGGAGGAGGCAGAGAGAAUCGCAAGGGACGAGCACGGCAGCGAAAAGAUUAGUGUUAUUUCUGGAGUAGGUGUGAGAAGCUACUACGCUAAGCUCGGGUACUGGCUCGAUGGGCCGUACAUGAGCAAGUGGCUUGAUGGGCGGCCUGGGCCUGAUGAAGCUACAUGA